UCUUCCGGGCGCAGGCGUGCGGCAGCGGCGGCAGGACUGACUGGGCCAAAGCGGUGGUGUCCUCGCGGGCCACCGGGAGCUUGUCAUGGCGGUUCCUGCGGCGGCCAUGGGGCCCUCGGCGCUGGGCCAGAGUGGUCCUGGCUCAAUGGCUCCCUGGUGCUCAGUGACCAGCGGCCCAACACGCUACGUGCUGGGAAUGCAGGAGCUGUUUCGCGGCCACAGCAAGACGCGCGAGUUCCCUGCGCAUAGCGCCAAGGUGCACUCGGUGGCCUGGAGCUGCGACGGGCGUCGCCUUGCCUCGGGGUCCUUCGACAAGACGGCCAGCGUAUUCCUGCUGGAGAAGGACCGGUUGGUUAAAGAAAACAAUUAUCGGGGACAUGGGGAUAGUGUGGACCAGCUUUGUUGGCACCCAAGUAAUCCUGACCUCUUUGUCACCGCGUCUGGAGACAAAACCAUUCGCAUCUGGGAUGUGAGGACUACGAAAUGCAUUGCCACUGUGAACACUAAAGGGGAGAACAUUAAUAUCUGCUGGAGUCCCGAUGGACAGACCAUUGCUGUGGGCAACAAGGAUGAUGUGGUGACCUUUAUUGAUGCCAAGACACACCGUUCCAAAGCGGAGGAGCAGUUCAAGUUUGAAGUCAAUGAAAUCUCUUGGAAUAAUGACAAUAACAUGUUCUUCCUGACAAAUGGCAAUGGUUGUAUCAACAUCCUCAGCUACCCAGAGCUGAAGCCUGUGCAGUCCAUCAAUGCCCAUCCUUCCAACUGCAUCUGCAUCAAAUUUGACCCCAUGGGGAAGUACUUUGCCACAGGAAGUGCAGAUGCUUUGGUCAGCCUUUGGGAUGUGGAUGAGUUAGUGUGUGUUCGGUGCUUUUCCAGGCUGGAUUGGCCUGUGAGGACCCUCAGUUUUAGCCAUGAUGGAAAAAUGCUGGCAUCAGCUUCAGAAGAUCAUUUUAUUGACAUUGCUGAAGUAGAGACAGGAGACAAGCUAUGGGAGGUGCAGUGUGAGUCCCCGACCUUCACCGUGGCUUGGCACCCCAAAAGGCCUCUGCUGGCAUUUGCCUGUGAUGACAAAGAUGGCAAAUAUGACAGCAGUCGGGAAGCAGGAACUGUGAAGCUGUUUGGGCUUCCUAAUGACUCCUGAUAGGGGGACCUGUGUAGGGAGAGGAGGCACUGGCAGAGGCCUUCCUUUGUGUAUUAGUUUGGUCUGUUCUCUUGGAGUUGGUGGGCACCUCAAGUAUUUGUAAAUUGGUAUAAAUUAUAUAUGUCUUUGUCAGUCUGCCUAUUCCAGUUCCCUUCUUGUAUUAUGAGCUCUUCCCAUUCUUUCCGCCCUGCAGGAGGGCUCUGCAUGAUAACACCAGCAUAUCUUGUCCUCUGGGGACCUCCUGUCUUCCCUGCUUUUAGAUGUAUGGUAGACUUUGUUGUGUUUGUUUCUGUGUGGACAAUACCUACUUCGGGGGAGUGAGUGAGGGAGGGUGAGAUGGGGAUGGAGAUUUUUUAUAAUAAAGAAAUGUACAUACUUUUUGAGAAUUGAGCAUUUAAUAAAACUGAAUUUAAUUAUGGGA